AUGGACCUCCUCCUAAUUUCUCCUUACCGCGACCUGCAGAGCCAUUCCCGCUUCCUUCUUACCCUUCGAUCUCAACAAGGCCACUAUCAUUCUCUCAUUCUCUUCAGGCUUUCUUCCGGAACACAGGACAAUACCAACCAAGAACAUGUGCCACGAACAGAGGACGAGGUCAACCCAGCCUAUAAGCAGUUAUACGCUAUGGAGUCAAGCUGUCCACAUCUGGGGGCAGACCUGUCGCAUGCUGAGAUAGAGGAGUGCGAGAGUAGUGUUGUGGCGGUGUGUCCGUGGCAUAGAUAUGAUUUCGAUCUAAAAACUGGAAAAAGCGAAACGGGACUUGUAGCAUGCACAUACGCCGUGGAAGUGAAGCAUGAUUCGGCGGAUGAACUUGAUAAGGUUUACGUCGAAACGCCGAAAGGUGGUACUCACUGGCGUCUCGUGGAAUUGCGUCCUGUUUCUGAAGGUUUUGAUCCCUUGGGUUUGAGCUCAGUGCCUGGCCUCACUUUAAGACAUCUCUCUCCAGAAUUUGCAGACCCACCACCACCGCCCGUUAAUGCUCCGAUUCCAAAUCAAGACCACACUUUUCCAACCCUAGAAGAAGAGCCUAUCGUCCCAUUAGAUAAACCCCCAACAACGCUGAUGCAGUGGGCUGUCCUCAUUUUGAACACCUCGAACCCUACGUUGAAAGUCGAACGUACGAAACACGCUGUUCACUUAUUCCGAACAGGGAAACUUGCUUCUAUUGGACACAAAGCACCAAAUGCACCUCGAGCUCCGGAUGUACCGCCUAGAGAAGAAUCGUUCGCGAAGAACACGGUGGACCCCGCCAAGGUGAAGAAUAGAAAGAACCGUGCCGUGAUGUUGCAUGCGUUGGCGAAUAUCGAACAAUGGGCUUGGGACAUCAUGGCCCGUUUCGGCCCAUCCCACCCAGAUCUACCCCCGGCCUUUUUCUCCGACUUUACAAAAAUGGCCCUGGACGAAUCAAAACACUUCACCCUCCUAACUUCGCGCCUCUCCGCCAUCUCACCCACAACACCAUACGGCUCUUUACCCGUGCACGCCUCCCUCUGGGAAUCUGCAACCACCACAUCCACAUCCCUCCGCGCGCGCCUCGCCAUUAUCCACCUCGUGCACGAAGCCCGCGGACUAGACGUCAACCCCGGCACCAUCGAUCGCUUCCGGCGCGCAGGGGACCUAGAGAGUGUAAAAGCGAUGGAGGUGAUCCAUGCAGACGAAGUCACGCACGUCACUGCGGGUCAUCGGUGGUUCACUUGGGUGUGUGCAAGGGAGGGUGUUGAGCCGAUAAGCACGUUUAGGGAUGAGGUGAGGAGGGGGUGGAGGGGGGAGGUGAGGGGUCCGUUUAAUGCGGAGGCGAGGGAAAAGGCGGGGUUGACGGGGGAGUUUUAUGAGGGACUAAGGGGGGAGAUGGGGCUGAAGAGGGAGGAGGGAAAAGGAAUCGGAGAUGGGGUUGCUGCGCUCACCAUUGAGUACUGA